CACCCCCUCGGCCUCCCCACUAAAAUAAAAUCGAAGUCUGCGACUGAGGCUACUUUAAUAGAGCAAUCGCUGCUGGCCUGGUAGGGACUAGUACAAACAGGGCUUAAGCCAAGCCCGUUAACCCCGUUAUUAUGACAACCGAACCGCGUAUCUUAACACUUUCCCAUUAGCGUGAAUAGCGCUCACACGAUAAGGCUCGGUCAGGGCUUACUGUAAACCGAGACCAGAAUCAAGACCGGGAGACCACUAUGCCACAACUUGACCAUUAUCACUACCUUGGAUGACUACAUUAACAAGACGGACUCGCAGAGAUCCAGGACUGUCCGCUACAUGACAUGUCUGUGACAGGGAGUGAUUCUUCCCGCUUUGGAAGCUAAGUUUGAGGAGGGCUUAAGGUUUGGCGUUGUGCUAACAUCCUCCGCACACACCGUGCGUUAUAAGGACUACCCGUCGUUGCUGUGGAUGGCCGCGGCGUGGAUUCCCCCGUGCAUGGCGGAACUGGUAGUGUUUUAACACACGGUAACAGACAACGGAAACAUCUUUAAACAAAGCCACCGGGGAUAAAUCGGGACGGACGAUGCUCGCUCCACCAGAGGAAAAGCCGGGCGUAACGGAGGAAGAGGAACAAGACGCCGUUAGCCCCUUGGUAAGCAGGAGGCCGUCGCGCCAAGACGUCUCAAGGCGUCGCUUAAGACGUUUCUCCACCAUGGACGCGAGCGGCGACACGUCGUCGAAUUCGACGUCGACACUCCCGCCGCAGCUGAGAAAGCACAGCAGUGUCGGGCCCGGGAUAAACGUUCGCAGGAGGUCCAGCAUCGGAGGACAGCUGCUUGCCGGGGGACAGCGGGGCAGGCGGCACUCGUUGGCGGCGUCAGGGCUCGCCGUCCCCGGCAGGAGUCCCAACUCAGGCCCCGGCGGAAAACAUCGGCUCUGGGGGAUGCUCAGGAGAAAGAGUUCGCUCUUUUUGCAACAGACGGCGCUGCAGUUGCUGCGGAAGUUCCGGCGUGUCGCACGAGUCGUCCUGGUGUGUGUUCAUCUCAACAGGCUGUGUCAGGCUGUGCAGAGAAUUAAGGAAAAUGAGGCCGACACCGUCAGCUAUCUCCCAUCGUCCUUCGCGGGAGGAGGCAUGGACAACUUUACAGGGGUGGAGAACCUCAUGUUCAACAAGGCGGACUACAAGGCAGACAGAGACAGCCUCCGUCUGUCCGAGACGUCCCGAGCUGUGCUGAUGUCCCCACCGGCCGCCAGGACAGAGGACCAGAUCGACCACGUGAGGGCUGUUUCUUAUUCUUUUUUAAAGUUUUUGUCAUUGCUACUGUCUUCUAUAAUCAUACCUGGAUCAUAG